AUCGAAUGAAGCGGAAGCGGAUGAGUCCUCUCAAGUCUGUAGUAUCAUUAUUUACCCACACAACUGACGGGUUGGUUUUGGAUAUUAGAAAUUGUGAGAGGAUUCUCAGGAGGGUCUAUGCCACCAAGGAUGAAGGUAGUUCUGAAGGCAAAAGGGGGUCCAACCCAGUAGUAGCAAGACGUACAGAAUAAAGUGGCUGGGAUGGUGUUCUCCUCCACGUCGUCUCACUCUGAGAACUCCUUUUGAGCUGUAGAGUUCUUGCCCUGUCUGGGAGGGGGGGGCGGUGUGGCCAGAGAUGGAGAGGAGCAUUGAUUCCCGACUCACUGCAAAAGGAAUGGGCUCCGUCAGCAGCAUGGUUGCCUCUGCCAGGCUGGAGUCGUACGAAGCAGCAGACAAGAAGUGCAUCUCUGACGUUCGGAGGACCUUUUGCCUCUUCGUGACCUUUGACCUCCUGUUCAUCACCAUGCUCUGGAUUAUAGAGCUCAAUGUGAACGGCAGUAUAGAGACACAGCUGGAAAAAGAGGUUCUGCACUAUGACUACCAUGCCUCUUUCUUCGACAUCUUUCUGCUGGCAGUCUUCAGGUUCUCUGCUCUCAUCCUGAGUUACGCCAUCUGUAAGCUCCGUCACUGGUGGGCCAUCGCUAUCACCACUGCAGUCAGCUGUGCCUUCCUGAUUGUAAAGGUCAUUCUGUCAAAGUUGUUGACUCAGGGGGCGUUCGGUUACCUGCUGCCCAUCGUCUCCUUCGUGUUGGCCUGGAUCGAGACGUGGCUGCUCGACUUCAAGGUGCUGCCUCAGGAGGCGGAAGACGAGAUCAGAUAUCAGCCCUUCGUGGACUCGGUAGAUCGCACGCCGGUCAUGGGUCCAGGUCCUCUGUCCGACAGACAGACGGAGGGACAGUUCUACUCUCCACCUGAGUCUCUGGCAGACUCUGACGAGGAUCUAGAAGACAAACAUGAUCCAGAAAAGGGGCUGAUUCAUCAGGUGACCUAACGGGUGGGACCGAGCGACGCAGCAGAAAUCCCUUCCUCUUCUUUCCGUCUCACCUUGUUUUUUUGUGUGUUUUUUUUAAUGUUUUUUGGCUCUGUCAGACCAGUUCAUCCUGAACAUCAACUCUCUCUGCCUUACAUAUUUUACCUCCUUCGUUAUUUGGUCAUUUAAAAAAAAAAAGUGGCCAUAAAAACACCUAAUUUCCUUCAUGUGAACUUUGAAAAAGUUCCAGAAAGUGCUGUUUAUGAAGCUGUUUUGUGCCAAGAUUUGUGCUAAAUUUUAGAUUUUUUUUCUGUGUUACGGAUUUUCUGAGGGAUUUUUUUUUUUGAUAGAAAAAAGCACUUUGAGUUCAGCUGAAACCAGCUUUUUAAACCCAGUAUUCAGAUGUAACCUUAACCGUGUCACUGUCACCAUGAUGUUUACUGUUUUCACCUGCCUGCUUUGAAUUCACUGUAAGAGAUUGAAGCUGCUUGCACUCUGAAAAAAUGAAGGAUGUAAGUUUAAAUCUGCAAAAACGCCACAGCAGAAACUCGCAUGGAGGCUUCAGGAAUGUUGUUUACCUUAUGACAAAGAAAAAAAACAUUGUAAAAUGAAAAAAUGAUGCAUUUAUUGAAGCUCCUGCAGGAAAUCUGGAGCUGUUAUAACAGAGGGAGAUAAAGGAACGUUGAUCCGUGCUUUGCAGGUUCACAGCUUACGUUUCCAUGAGACGAAUCUGUACAAAAUGCAACCAUUAAAGUAUGAAACUUUGAGUUUUUCACAUUCUACUUGUGUUUGUUCAUUAGAAGUAGAAGUUUG